AUGAACCAAGAAAACCACAACGACGUCAUUAAGGCGCUCUUUGUCAAGUACGGAUACGAUUGGCCGUCAUUGUCAGUGCCGAAUACCUUCGACCUCCUGGAGUUCUUGGUGGGCAUGUCAUUAGACAUGGAUAUUCACACCGUCUUUGGACUCUCGUUAGCACCCUAUCUGAGGACAGACGAUCGAUAUUCUUUAAUCUUCACAACGACUGUGGCCAAUCCGGUAGCCGAAGUAGUGGAGCGACUCGGAAUAGAGGCUAUCGAAGAAUGUAUCGCCACCUUUGACUCGUCAGCUAUCGGCAAGCACACACUAGCUGUGAAGGUGAGGCAAGUGCACCAGGACCUGCGUCACGUGGCCUCGUUCGACCAAAAAGAGGAGCUUCCAUUUUACACAAAGUACCGGGAACUACGAAAUAUAACUCCCAACAUCAAAUCUGACGUGUGGAUAAGCACAAUCAACAGGCACCUUCCAGAGGGGAUGGGUGUGGUCGAUGACGACGAGGUGCUUAUCACGUCCUCUGCUCCUCUUUCGAUGGCAUCUUCGCUACUAAUACUGUACAAAUUGAAAAUGGCUGAUUUGAUGCUCUAUUUGGGCUUUAGUACGGUUAUGAUGCUUGCACACGCGUUCUCGCACGCCCAGAUGACGUGCUUUUACAAAAACCCAAACUUUUCCAAGAACGUCGGCCUCAUGAAUGCUGGUGCUAGCUGCCUCGCAACCAUGCAUACUCUUGCACCGUUUGCCGUUGCCCAGCUGCUGUUCGACGAAAUUCUUGAUCCAUCAACCGUAAACUACACCAUCGUCCUGAGCAACAACAUUCGCAGGGCCGCCUAUUUAUCUUUGGCCACUGUUUCAUGGCUGGAUGAUCCGUCGCGGGCGAAGGCAGUGGAACGACUUUCGACGAUCAUCGAUGUGGUUGCGUUUCCGUCGCAUCUUACCAAUCGAUCUACAUUGAAUGAGCACCAUUCAUUCUUGCCUUCCUUCGAGAAGCCUUUCAUUGUAGAUUACCUGGAAUCCAAUCAAAAGAAACUGGCCAUGCGCAAACAGCUACUGCGUCCAACGCACGGCCAACCGAAGGUACGCCGGGAUGACAUGGAGAUACCACUGAUCAUAGUAAACGCCUACUACCUACCGAUGUUCCACAUGAUGGUAAUACCUGGUGCGAUCUUGCAAGCCCCUUUCGUGUCGUCUGAGCUUCUGGACGCUGUGAACUACGGUAGCAUUGGUCGCGUUGUGGGUCACGAAAUAAUGCACGCCUUUGAUCCGAACGAAGCUUCUCUUAGCCGCACUGGAGAGAGAGUGGACUUGUUUACCGACAAAGCACGCGGUGUUGUUGAGGAGAUGCUGUCGUGUCUGAAAAAUCAAGUGAACGAGGCGGGAAAAAGUACAACCCUUGGCAACGCCUCUAUUGGACAGGUCUUCGCUGACAGCGCGGGCAUCGAGGUUGCCUACAAAGCAUACAGCAUGCUACGGAAAGAACCCCGUCGAGACGAGUAUGCAUCAGACCAGCUAUUUUUUGCCAGCGGGUGCUUCUCCUACUGCUCCCUGUUAAAGGACAAAGUAUCCCCCAACCAGCGAUAUCCUUCAGCAGCAAUGCGCUGCAACUUGCCGGCUAUGAACAUGAAAGAGUUUAGUGAGGCUUUCUUUUGCUCAGCCGGUGCGCCAGUGAACCCUUCGAAGCGAUGCAGUAUCUUUGGAGCAUGA